CCGUCCCGGUCCCCGUUCCCGGCCGUUCCCCCAUCCCGUUCCCGGUUAUUCCCCGUUAUUCCCGGUUAUUCCCGGUUAUUCCCGUCUAUCCCCGUUUAUUCCCGGCUAUCCCGGGUUAUUCCCGCUUGUUCUCGGCCUUUUUCCCAUCCCGUUCCCGACUGUUCUCGGUUAUUCCUGGUUAUCCCAUUUCUCCGGGUUAUUCCCUUCUAUCCCCGGUUAUCCCCGGUUAUUCCCGGCCGUUCCCGACUGUUCCCCCAUCCCAUUCCCGGUUAUCCCGGCUGUCCCGGAUUAUUCCCGGUUAUUCCCCAUCCCAUUCCCGGUUAUUCCCGGUUAUCCCCGGUUAUUCCCGGUUGUUCCCGACAGUUCCCCCAUCCCAUUCCCGGUUAUCUCGGUUAUCGCCGGUUAUUCCCGACUAUUCUCGGUUAUCCCCGAUUAUUCCCUUCUAUCUCCGGUUAUUCCCGGUUGUUCCCGGCCAUUCCCCCAUCCCAUUCCCGGUUAUUCCCGGCUAUCCCCGAUUAUUCCCUUCUAUCCCCGAUUAUUCCCGGUUGUUCCCGGUCGUUCCCGGCCGUUCCCCCAUCCCAUUCCCGGUUAUUCCCGGUUAUUCCCGGCUAUUCCCGGUUAUUCCUGACUAUCCCCGGUGAUCCCUGGCUAUCCCCGGUUAUUCCCGGUUGUUCCCGGAUUAUUCCCGGUUAUCCCCCAUCCCAUUCCCGUCUAUCCCCGGCUAUCCCCGGUUGUUUCCGGUUAUCCCCCAUCCCAUUCCCGUCUCUCCCCGGUUCCUCCCGAUCUCUCCUCGGUCUCUCCCGGUGUCCCGGUGUCCCGGCCAUGCACCCGGCCGGGCUGUGCGCGGCCUCGCUGGGCUCGCUGGGGCUGCUGCGGCUGCUCGGGGCUCCGUGGGGCUGGAGCGCGGCGGCGGCGCUGGGGCUGUGCCUGGGCGGCGGCGGAUGGAGAUUCCUGCGGCUGCUGCUCAAAACCGCACCCAGGGACCUCUUCGGUCUCUGGGUCCUGCUCCGCGUCCGCCACAACCUGUCGCGGUUCCGCCGCCGCGGCCUCUCCGUCCCCGCUCUGUUCGCGGCGGCCGCGCGGCGCCGGCCGGACAAGGCCGCUCUGGUGGACGCUGUCUCGGGCGCCGUGUGGACGUUCCGGCACCUGGACGAGUUCUCCAACGCCGUGGCUCACCUGUGCCGGCACCUGGGCUACGGGCCGGGCGCGGUGGUGGCCGUGUUCAUGGAGUCCUGUCCCGAGUUCGUGGCCGUGUGGCUCGGGCUGGCCAAGGCCGGCGUGGAGGCGGCGCUGGUGAACUCACACCUGCGCAGGGAGGGGCUGCUGCACGGACUCACCUGUUCUGGGGCCAGGGCCGUGGUGUACGGCACUGAGAUGGGGGCAGCCCUGUGUGAGCUGAGCUCUGCCCUGACCAUCCCCGCUCUCUCCCUGGGUCCCGCGGGGCCGGGGCCGAUCCCGGCCGGGUCCCGAGCGCUGGAGCCGCUCCUGGAACAGGCCCCAAAAACCCCCCUGGGGAACGAGCCAGGCAGGGGGAUGGACGACCGCCUGUUCUACAUCUACACCUCGGGCACCACGGGAAUGCCCAAGGCAGCGAUCGUGGUGCACAGCAGGUAUUACCGCAUCGCUGCCUUUGCUUAUUUUGCGUUCCGGAUGCGCCCCGAUGACGUCAUCUACACCUGCCUGCCCCUCUACCACUCUGCAGGGAACAUCCUGGGGGUGGGGCAGUGCCUCCUGCACGGCCUCACCGUCGUCAUCCGCCCCAAGUUCUCGGCCUCGCGCUUCUGGGACGACUGCGUCAAACAUCGCUGCACGAUAUUUCAGUACAUCGGGGAGCUGUGCCGGUUCCUCCUGGCCCAGCCCGUGAGCGAGGCCGAGCGGCGGCACCAGCUGCGUUUGGCGCUCGGGAACGGCCUCAGGGCUCAGCUCUGGCCCGAAUUCCAGCGGCGCUUCCAGAUCCCCCAGAUCGGGGAAUUCUACGGGGCCACGGAGUGUAACUGCAGCCUGGCCAACCUCGAUGGGCAGGUGGGUGCCUGUGGGUUCAACAGCCGCAUCCUGCCCAACGUUUACCCCGUGCGUUUGGUCAAGGUGCAGCCGGACACGCUGGAGCUGCUCCGCGAUUCCCGCGGCCUCUGCGUCCCCUGCGCCCCAGGUGAGCCUGGGUUGCUGGUGGGCCGCAUCGACCAGCGGGAUCCCCUGCGCCGCUUCGACGGCUACGUCAGCGCCGGCGCCACGCGCAGCAAGAUCGCCCGCGACGUGCUGGCCAAGGGCGACCAGGCCUACCUGUCAGGGGACGUGCUGGUGAUGGAUGAUUUGGGGUACCUGUAUUUCCGGGACCGGGGCGGGGACACGUUCCGCUGGCGCGGGGAGAACGUCUCCAGCACCGAGGUCGAGGGCGCCCUGAGCCGGCUCCUGGGCCAGGCCGACGUCGUGGUCUACGGCGUGGAGAUCCCCGGAGCAGAGGGCAGGGCGGGCAUGGCGGCCAUCGCUGACCCGCACUCCCGGCUGGACCCGGCCGGGCUGUACCAGGCUCUGGUGCCGGUGCUGCCGCCCUACGCCCGGCCCGUGUUCAUCCGCCUGCUGCCGCACCUGGACACCACCGGCACGUUCAAGCUGCAGAAGACGCGGCUGCGGGGGGAGGGCUGGGACCCCCGGCUGGUCCCCGAUCGCCUCUUCGUGCUCGACCCCCAGCGCGGCCGCUACGUCCCCCUGGACGGGGAGAUGCACGCCAGGAUCUGCGCUGGGAAAACCAGGUUCUGAUCCUGCUGGGAUCCUAAAAAUCCUCCUGGGAUCCUAAUAAACCACCCUGGGAUCCCAAAAAUCCCGCUGGAAAACCUCCCUGGGAUCCUGAAAAUCUGAAAAUCCCAUGGACUGGGAGGCGUACGUGAGGAUUUGUGCUGGAAAAACAGGUUCUGAUCCCCAAAAAUUUCUCACUGGGAUCCUAAAAGUCCUGCUGGGAUUCAAAAGAACCACCCUGGGAUCCUGAAAGUCCCAAAAAUCCUGCUGGAUUUCCUGGAAAACAGCAGAAAUUCCUACAAAAGAGCAGAAUUCCCAGGGAAAAUGGUAGGAUUUUCUGGCAAACAGAACUCCCAGGAAAACUGUGGGAUUUUGAAGGAAAAAGCAGGAUUUGACUGUAAACCAGUCAUAUUCCCGAGCAUCCUGGAGGAACUCAGCAGAAUUCCCAAGGAUUUCCAGGAAAUUUGUGACUUUUUUCUGAGGAAAAACAGUGGAAUUUCAAGGAAAACCGGGACUGACAGAGAACGGACUCCAUCAUCGCCCUCACAGGCGCUAAUUAACUCCGACAGCGCUAAUUAACGACUAAUUCGUGCCUAAUUAACCUGCCUAGGACCUCCUUUGGAACUUCCCGCCGCGCUGGGGCCAGCACGGACAUUUUUAUUGACGGAGCCCCAGCGCCAGAGUGGAAUUAACCCAUUUGGGCCGUUUUUAACCCGAUCCUUUCCCUUUGGUUGUGCCUGACCACGAGGCCAUUAAAAACCAGCGACUGUG